GACUGACCUCUGGUUGAUGAUUACACACAGGCUUGGCAGUGACUGAAGGGCCAAGGUUUCAAUGCUCAGGAUAUAAAGCUGGAGAAAAAGUUGUAAAAUAGGUACAGAGAAAUCCUGUCAAGAUGGAGAGACUGUCAGCAGUCCUGUUUCUUCUUCUGGUUUCAUGUACCUGCAGCAUACUCGGUAAGUAGUCAUGAGCUUUUAACACCUGAAAAAGACACAUUUUAAAUAACAGUCUUGUUUAUAGUCUUACUUUGAUUGAGAUGUACAAAUCAGCAUAAGAUCCGUGUAAAGAUGAGUAAAGCUUUAAUGCUGUUCAUUAGUUUGAAAUUUUAAAGUAUACUUUUUAAAAAACAGUAGCAGCAUAUGUUUGUGGAGGGUCAGAGGUCAAGAGAUAAGUUACAAGAGACAGUUUAAGAACCAUGAUUUUCUUUCUUUUUUCAUUUCUGUAAAUCCAAUAAUUCGACACCAUCUUAAACUCCUGUUGACCGAAUUGUUACAAGCAAUCAUUUUUGUACAGUAUCACUUUAAACUCGACUCUCAUGCCUUUUUGUCUUUUUUUUUUUUUUUUACAGCACAGUCCUGUGAAGGAUUCUGUGGGAAGAAAUUGGGCUUAUGUUCAUGCCACCCCACCUGCACAUCUCUGAAGACCUGCUGUACAGACUAUAAAGAGUUCUGUGUGGAUAUCCUUCCAUACUCUGGCCUUGUUCUGGGAGGAACAGAUUUUAUGCUUCUUACUGCAAGUUUCAAUCAAAGUGCCUCAAUUGUGUGCAGGUGAGACCUUUUUGCACUAAACAUUUCAACCAAGUACAGCGAAGAGUCAACUGUGGUCUUAUUCAGGGAUUUCAGUCACGGCAACUGAUGGAAUAGACAUUAAAAAAGAUUAGAAAAUAAGAAUGAUAUACCCUAAUCUCUUUUUAUAAUGACAGGUUCAACAACAACACUAAUACUUUGGGUUAUGUGGAUGGAAACAACAGAGGCCAUUGUAUCUCCCCGCUGUUGUUUGAAACAGGAUGGGUUCCUUUUCAAGUCUCCUCUGAUAACGGUGCAACAUUCAACAGAGAGGGAUCCUGGCUCUCAGGUAUGAUAACCACAGGGGGAAAAACUCAAAAGAAGGAUCCCUCAAUGGACCUAAAAUAUGAAUAUUGUUCUUGUUUGUAGCAAAAUAUGCUGAAUUAAUGAACAUGACUUUAUGAGAAGUAUGGGGUUUCUCUGACGCCCCUCGCACCCCCCAGUUGCCAAAGUACGACUGGUAUCUUUUCAACAGGUUUAUAAUUUCUGGUUUUCUGGUAUUCUUUUUUGUUGUUACAGUUCACACUGGCAAGUUCGACGCCAAGUUUAAAGCCACACUGGUCAAUUCAACAAAGUGGCAGUACUAUGGUACACCUAAUGUUGGAGGCCCUCUGGAGAUGACAUGGAACACCUCUUUAGUCAGCGCGGAGGAAGUCAACAUAGAGCUGUGGGGUUACAGGGAGACAGGUGAGUAAACAACUAUUACAUGACUGUAUGUAGAUUAUAUGACUUUGGAUGGAGUGAAAAGACUGAGUCCUGUAAAACAUGUUUCUGCAGGAGAGCCCUACACAGACUCCUGGCAGGGUGAGUGGACCUACCUGUACACACUCGCAAAGGAUCAGCCCAACAACGGGUCCUUUAGCUUUGUGCCCAAACCAGCUGAAAAAGAGUUUUCAAGCUGGGAGCUCGGCGCGUUACGUAUCAGCUCCAGCAAACACCCCGAUGGCACGAGGUAUGCUCUAACAACUGCAAUAUUUAGAACAAUAUUUAUAACAGUUCAAAACCUAUUCCAGUAAGACUUUGAGGUGAAAAGUUCAGCUGAUUGUUUUGUGUUUCCUGUAGGAAUGUGCAGGCUGCAUGGACCGAGGAUCACGCUCUGGCUUGGCAUUUGGAGGAGAAGUUCAGGGAGAACUCGGCAGCUUGGGCUCUGGACAAAUGUUUAGCUUGGGACAAACUGGAAAAUGAGCUGCCAAACUUCCUCAGCGAGAUCAUCGACUGCCCCUGCACUCUGGCUCAGGCCAGAGCCGACACAGGACGGUUUCAUGUAAGUGUUGGGUGAAGCACAUUUAGAGAUAAGGGCAUGUAGUUAAAACACUAAUGCAGUCAGGAUUGAAUGAUUUAAAGCUGCUGCGUAAAGUAUAAUUAGAGAUCGACCUUAUAUACAUACCUCUGAACAAACAAAGAAGUAAAAAUGUUUACACAGCCAAUUACAGGCGUUGACUUUCAAAGACACAAUUACAUAACCAAAUUUCCAUCUAUAAAGCAAUAACCCUUUGAAUAUUGAUACAAGCAUCAUUGGACCAUAGGAUUUAAUUGUCUGUGACAUAAAAACUUACACAAUAACUUGAUUUGUUUUGGUGUUAGUCAGCCCUGCUUAUCAGCUUCGAGUGGUGGUUGGCAUCAAGAUCAAGCACUCUCUGGACAAACUGAGCUGAUUGCAGUACAAACAUUAUUACUUUAUAUCUGAGAGAUGCACAGCCCAGAUGAGUCAGAUCCAUUUAUUUGACAAUAAAAUCAAAACCACGUGUUUGCAGCUUCUGAAUUUGCGUUUUUCUAGAACUCAUUUAUAACAGUAUCAGGACACUGUUGAUUUAUGUGAGUGUUGACUUAAAGACUGAGUAGGUGUCUUUUUGGAAUUGUGAUUUAAACUCUGGACCCAAAUGCCCACGCUUUUAGUCAUUUUAUCUCAAAGUUCAAGUGCGGUGCCUAGAAAAGGAUUGGCAAGUCUCUACCUGGAAAUGUAGCAGUAUAUAUUUUUUUAGCAUCAACAAUGUAGCCUUGAAUAUUGUGAAAUGUUCAUUAACCUGUUUUAUCUCUUUUCAGACUGACUAUGGUUGUGAUAUUGAGAAAGGGAGUGUGUGCACCUAUCACCCUGGGAGUGUUCACUGUGUAAGGGCCAUUCAAGCAAGGUGAGUCCUCAACCUGCCUGACCUCAAGUCUGGGCGUGAACCAUAUGGCAAACCCAGUAAAAAGCAAAGACCUUGCAAAGGCAAAAAAAACAAAAACUGUAAUUCCUUGAUUGUCCACUUGGGGCUGCAUUUAAAAGCCAGGAAACCCCAUCAGAGCCUAUUUAAAAUGCCACCUCUUUGCUCUGUGAACUCUAAAGUAAAAGCAUUUAAAGAAAAAUAAAAUAAAAUGCAAGGUGCUACAACAAAAAGUAAGAAAGAGCUGAAGUAAAAGAGGUCAAAUGGGAAAAAAAGAUUACACACUGUGCAUGCAAAGAUAAAUAUUAAAUGGACUAUUCUGUGGCAUAUUUAUUAUUUUACUGUACUUUUAUCUUUACUCUUAUCUCUAUUCUUAUGGCUACCUCUCAUGACUGUAAGUAGUAGCAAAAACCACUCCAUGCCACAGAGCAUACACACCCAUUUACAGUCUCAGAUAAGACCUGUGUGCAGCAGUUAACAGUCAAGAGUGAGCAUUUUAACCUUCAACCUCUCGGUCAUGUUGCCAUAUUAAACUCUGUGGUAGCUGUCAGUCAGUCAGUGAAAGAUAAGUAUGAUGUUGUGACCGGGUAUGUGCAUGUUUAAUCAGCUCUAGCACUACAAGCCAGUUAAAUAAACACAAGUAUUUUCAUUAGUACAGGCCUGAAAUCAAAGUCAUAUAUUGCGUCUAAGCUGUGGUGAAAUCUCAUCACUUGCUGACAGCUGCUCCAGUGCUCCACUACCUGGAUAUAAACAGGUACAGAUUAAUCACAAAGACCUGGUUUUAGGCUCUUGAAGUUUUUUCCUCUAUCAACAGCCCCAAGUAUGGAGCCGGACAGCAGUGUUGCUAUGACAGCACCGGCGCUCAAAUCCUCACAGGAGAUUCGAUUGGGGGAAGCACCCCAGACCGAGGGCACGACUGGGGCUCCCCUCCAUUUAAGAGACCUCCUCGAGUUCCUGGACAAUCCCACUGGGUGUAUGACGUUCUCAGCUACUACUACUGCUGCCUCUGGGCUGACAACUGCCCCGACUACUUCAAACAUCGACCAUCCAGUGACUGCAGGACCUAUCAGGCACCCAGCACAGGUGAGGGGAUCGUUCAAUCUUGAGUUUAUGUGUUUUCACAAGAUAGAUAACAAUUUCAAGUCCUAAUUUUGUGCUUGUGAUACCAGCUGUGGUUUUUGGAGAUCCCCACUUUGUAACGUUUGAUGGUGUCAGCUACUCCUUCAACGGAAAAGGAGAGUACACUUUGGUGUCCUCAGUGAAGAAAAGGCUGACAAUCCAGGGCAGAACAGAGCCGGUGAACGGUGAGAUACUGAACACACUUGGCUUUCAAAAUGGACUGUUUUAUGUCUUUCAAACAAUUUAACCACUAAGGAUGUGACCAGGGUGUCUCCUGGGUUGGAAUAAGUCCACCCCAAAAUCUUGGUGCCACUCUGGAAUCCUAACCUAUGAUCAAUAUCUGUGUAAAACCACUUGUUGAGCUUUGGGGCCACAUUUAAAUAAUCUAAAGUGCGUGGCACAAAGUGUUCAAGGGAAUGCCUAACUACAUUUUGCUGAUAAAGCGGCACACAAUCUGGGUAAUAUGUAAAGCACAGGGUGCAAAGAGGUUGGAUUAAAGGUCCUUACACACCGGAAAUGACGCAAAUAUACAACGCAAAAUUACGAAAUAUUCAACUAUACACAUCAAGCGUGAUGCGAUUUUUCAACUUUCCGGGGGGAAAAAAGAUGCAUCCCGGGUGGAAGCAAGAAGACUGACACAACACCAGACUGACCGUUUUUCAGUUCUGAUUAGACACUAGUGUUGAGAUGGCAUGAUAGCAUGUACUGAGUCAGGGCCAGUACCAGAUAAGCGCAUUAAACUAUAAUCCAUAAACGUAAGGUAACAACCGAGAUCUAAUGGUGCUGUGACAGCAACGCUGUGAUUGAGUUUGAGACAGUGGAAAUACAUAUGGUAUGUUGUAUCUGAACAGGUUAGCUUACGAGCUAAAGUAACUUAGCACAGAUGAAAGAUAAAACAAAGACGGUUUAGCAAACUGUUAAAGCACACAAACCAUCUUCAUAUGAGAGAUCUGACGCUAUGACUCUCCACAAGUUGUCCUUCAGGUCAUUAUCUUUGUAAUGUUUGUGUUUUUUAUCAAAAAGCACUCUGUUCUCCAACACAGAAACAAUCAGCCGGUCAGCCAUGUUGGAUAUACCGGUGAAUCUAAGGUCGAAACAACACGAAAUCUGAUUGGUCCGAAAUGGACACACAGUAUGCAAAACUUUAAAAAAUUCAACCGUGAUACGAAGAAAUAAAUGCUGCAAUAUCACAGGAUGGGAAAACGUCGCUAAUAUGAACGCUUGUAUUGACAGGAUAUGGGUUCGAAAAAAAAAUAUUGACGUCCAAAAUAAUCGCAGGAAAAAAACGCCCCCGGUGUGAAAGGACCUUAAGUCUCUUGAUUACUCAUUGGUAGGUUUUGGUUGCGAGAUGAACCAAACCCGUCUAGCCCUUUUAAAGAAGACGAGAGAAAAUUAAAGAUUUACUGUAUAUGUGCAACUUUGUUGUGUUAUCUUCAUAAUAUAAAUACCAAAUUAAACAGCUUAAAUCACUGCAACACCUUACAGUCUAUGUGCAAGCAUUUGUCAUGGCCCCCUUAUUCCAGUUAGAGCCACCCCAGUCCAGAAAGCUUGGACACUCCCCUGUAUACCAAUAAGAAUGGUUAUCAUUUCUUCAUCUACUAUGAUUGUCAUGCAAAAUAACUGAUUGAAUCGCUGUUUCUGUCACUCUCAGGUACCUUUAUAAAAGCCACUAAGCUGUCAUCUAUUGCAAUGCAAGAAGCAAACUCUGAUGUUAUUGAGGUGCGCCUGGUCAGCGGUCACAAUGGCAUUGAAGUUCUACAGAAUCAGAAAACUCUUUCCUUUUCUGAGCAGACCUGGAUGGACCUGCAUGGUGAGAACCAGAUCAUCUCACUGCUCUCGACUGAACAGUCUUCCUCGACUCAUAUUUUCGAGGACAGUUUGUAAAAAUUGAGACUCUAAACAGUGAUUUUUGUUUUUGUCUUUUAUCACUCUUUUAACUUUCUAGGUGUAUAUGUGUUUUCUCCUAUACCUGCCAACGUGACUGUGAUAUUUUCCUCUGGAGCCGCGGUGGAAGUGCGGCUGAGAGAGGGGACCAUGACGACCACUGUGCUGCUGCCUCAUGACUUUUUUAACUCCACUGUGGGACUGUUGGGACAGAUGAACGGUGACCCUGCUGACGACCUCGCACUCAGUAACGGGGUACUUGUGCAGGACCCCAACAAUCCUGAGGAGCUGUUUAGCUUUGGAGCAGGCUGUAAGAAUAAAUUAAUGACUAAUAUAUGUGAUUUUUUUAACAGUAUGAGCCGUGGAUCUCAUUUACCCAACAAUACCUCGUUAGUUUGCCACAUAGAACAUCAGUUUUACAGGAUUAUGGUCUUUUAACAAAACAUAACUUAAACUAAAGAUGAUGAAGGAAUUGAAGUUGUCUCUAAUCAUGUGUGUUUUCUUACUCACACCAUCCAUUAUCUCAGGUCAUCAAAGUUCAGCUCUAGUUUGUGCUCCAUGAUUGGUCACUUCAAAAGGAUUUUUUUUUAGCUGUCUAUGAAAAAGACUAAAAUUCAACAUUAAGCUUUUUUAUGACCAUCAGCAACACGACUAACAGUGUUUGUUUCAUUAUUUUUAAUGACUGUUAUUUUUACAUUGAUGUAAAAAAAGUUGCCCAGUAUGAAGUUACUUCUACCAACCCUGCUGUUCAGAUGUGAAAAUCUUUUCUGACUCCCAGUUGCUGUUUUGAAUUAAGACACUGUAUGCUGUUUUAGGGGUUGUCACUCUUUUAUUGUCACUCCUCCGUCCCACAGGCUCCUCAUAAACUCUCUUUAUAUCAAAGGAAAUAUUGAGGACAAUUUUGCCACAUUUUUACUUUAAUUUUAACAAUAACUGUGUAUGUUUUCGUUUUUGUCUUGCAGGGGCUGUAUUCAAUAGGUCUGCUCUGUUCACAUAUGACUCUGACUAUCUUCUGGAGGAGUAUUUGUUUAGUCCAAGACAUGACCUGAGUUUUCUUCCAGUGUUUUCUGCCCCUGAGAAUCCAGAUGAUCCAUUAGCCAGUCAGGCGACGGAGAUUUGCUCCGGGGAGGGCUCACAGUUCUGCCGGUACGAGAAGAAUAACGUUUUUACUGCUGCUCAUAAAGUUCACAGUAAACAAGAGUUUUAGCAGUUGAUUAACUCUUCUGUAGCUGUUGGACACGAAACAAACCUGAAAAUUGUUAUCUGACAUUUUAAAGAUAUGAUGUAGCAUAAAGAUCUUAAAGAAACUAUAAACAUGAGCGAGUUUAUUCUGUUCCCUGUCAUACAGGUAUGACAUCCUGGUAGGUCGUAAUCCCAGUCUAGGAAAUGCGACCAGGGUGUCUUUCCAAAGUCACAUGUCUCUCGUACAUGACCUGAAGCAAGGUAAUUUCAUGAAAAUAAUGUAUCAUUUCUUUGUCAAACAGCAUUUUUUUCUGGGUUUACAAUGUCAGUCAUUGUUUCAUCAUGCAGUGAUAUCCUGCGGUCAUCUGGACCAUCCCGAAAAUGGAAGGAAAAAUGGAACCACGUACUUACAGGGAGCCAAGGUGCACUUUUCCUGCGAUGAAGGCUACACCCUCAAAGGAUCAGCAGAGCGCACGUGCCAAGCUAACGGCCUGUGGUCUGGAGAACAGACCGCCUGCGUGACUCCCAGUAUGAAUAAACGUUGAAAUCAGUCUUGACCUGUGAUUCUGAUUCUGACAAAUCAGCAGCAAAUGUGUGUGAGUGUGAGUGUGUAAGCAUGCACGUGUAUGUGAGUCUUUGAGCACAUUAUCUGAUCCAUCGAAUCACCUCUUGAGUGCUGAAAAAAAAUUAAAAAUAACAUCACUCUUUGAUUGUGCUUAAGAGUUUAGACAAAGGAGAAUCACUGUAGAGACUAUUUCUCUAUGACCUUAGGUUUUAGUCUGACAAACUUCGCUUUCAUUUGAAUUUAAAGAAACACAGCGUCCUUGGGAGCAAGAAAAGAAGAAAAAAAGGAGAAUUUUACUCCUAAGAGAUGAGAAAUAGAGAUGUUAGAAAGAGGACCAGGGAGGGACAGGAGGCCUGUUUGGGCAAGGACUUAGGCUACGUUCACACUGCAGGUUCAGAUUUUUUGUUAAAUCCGAUCUUUUUUUGAGGUUGUUCACAUUACAACACAAAUGCAACAUCUAAUGUGAACAGAAUGAGUCCUUGAAAUGACCCGCAUGUGCACAAAUGUUUGUGUUGUCGAACAAUGGUGACGUUUGUCGCAUAUUGAUGACAUAUAGGUCGGAUGAAUGCGACCUGAGCGUCCACACUGCAGUCACAAUGGAUACAUAUCCGAUUUAUAUCCACAUACAAAAUAGGCCUGGAUUGGAUUUGAAAAAAUCAGAAUUUCACUGUUCACACUUACAUGAAAAAAUCAGAUAUGUGUCACAUAUGGUUAAAAAAUCGGAAUUGACCUGCAGUGUGAACAUAGAGUACUUCUACUAGGUAAGAGGCUGUAUUCUCAGAGAUGAUCAAUAUGUUAAAUUUGUUCAUAUCUUAUUGAUUUGCCUCAUGCUCAAGAUAUGUGGCUAAUAAGGAAAACAAAAAAUAAAGAACUGACUCACAUACAUAUGAUAAUAUAUAUAUCUAUAUAUAUUUAUAUAUAUAUAUAUACAUAUAUUUUAAGAGGGCUGAGAUAGUAGUGAGCAGUUUGUUUAUAUAUCAGGGAACAUUUUUGGGGAACGGACCUCUUCUUCCUUGUAGCCUUUGUAAGAACAGCACCCCCUGGUGACGGGCUGCAGAACAGGUCAUAAACCCCGCCUCCUCCAGCUAAUAAUGGAGUUGUAGAAGCGCUUUAAAAAUUGAUUACACAUUAUUAUAAACCCCCCCCCCAGUUGUGAUGUUGACAUGUAGUUCAUGUAAGACUGGUUUGUGCUCAAGUGCAGCUCAAUUUCUAAAAGUUAAUAGAGGUUCAUGUUUUUUAUGAUUGACACGCUGUUUCAGCAAAGUGUCAUCACAGUGACUCUCCCACCAAAUGCUACCGCACAAAUGCAGGUUUUAGGAAAUGGAGAAAAUCCCGUAAAAUACUGGGAACAAUUUGACGUCAGAUUCUUACAAUGAUGGGAGCAGCAACCUCGUUGUCCAUAAUACAUACAGUCUAUGGUCACAAUUUUGUGUUUGUUGAGUAAUUGCUAGUUAGUUUGUAGUCAGACUCCCCAGACGUAAGCACAAUGUGGGGUGCAAUGGCCAUAAAUGUUUAAGAGUGCGCCCCCUGUAUCGAGGCUGAGUUUUUGUUGCAGUGGUUGCUGGUUCAACUCCAAGUUACAACCCCCUUCCCCCACUGUCUGCUCCUCAGAUUUCCUAACCCACUCCAGCUGUCUCAUCGAAAAAGUGCCAAUAAAAUAGCUCAAAAUAUUAAAUGAAUGGUUUAUGAUCUCUUUUACGUCACUCGCCAUCUUUUAAUUCCACAGUCAAACACCACAAAAAUAACCUAUGAUAUAUAGUUAUACAAAUUAAAAAAACAAAUCGAUGUCAAUAUCUUCUACUCUUUCUAACAAAGAUUUCUCUUCUUGUCAUUUUCAGCAAAUAUUGCAGGGAUCAUCGCUGGUUCAGUGAUUGGAGCUCUUGCACUCAUUUUGAUCAUAACAGCAAUCGUACUUCACUCUAAAAAACAGAAAAGGUGAGUAUGUUUUCAGUCAGAGUUUUUCAUUAACUUGCUCAAUAUGGAGAAAAAACUGUGCAAUCAGCUAACAAAGAGUAAAUGUUGUCUCUUUACUGUUUUAUUUCAGAAAAGCAGCAGCUCAGCCUACGUAUGAUUCGAAACUGGAGUCCUUCUAGCAUGUUUGUUGUUGUAUUGUAUUCAAAGCUUUGACUCCUGAGACUGGAAAAAUUAAAGAUGAUUUGGGGGGAAAAUACACAAAAAUAUACAAAACUUUCAAACCAAAGCUCUGAUUCAAACCCAAAUCAUAAGGAUUGGCAAAGGCUCUUGAGCAGUUGAAGAGAAAUUACGUUAAACUGCAACACUCCAUUGAAGGAAUCUGUACAUUCAUCUACUUUGUAGUUUAUUGAAUGAGUUGAAUGUUCAGCUUCAAAAUAAGAGGCAAAACUCAAUAACUGGAGUCGAUUUGAUAAGCUGACACCAUCAGUAUAACUCCUGCCAAAGGUAAAAGGUGACUAUUCAAACACUCCACUCUUGGACUUGACACACGAGGUUAAGAAACUGAA